CUUUUUUUUCUUUUUGGUAGAUUCCUGUAAUUACAGGAGAGCAAAGGCUGACUGAAUGUUUCUUAAAAUAACUCGCUAACAAUGCACAGACAAUCCAAGCCUGUCCACGCUCCCCUGGAAGUUAAAGAGAAUGAGAAGGAAGAGGCCUCUCUCCCCGAACUCUCAAAAGACCAGAAGGUUUGCAAAGUGACUAAAUCAAAAGUCACCAAGGCAUCCAAGAAGGAGAAUUUAAGUGAUGGGAACCAGGUGCAGUUGCAAAAAUGCACCCCGAAAUCUGUCAAAGGCCUGGAGAAGGAAUCGUACCACAAGGAGAAGGAUGUUGUCAGCUGUCGGUUCACUGAAUACUUCUCUGAUACCCAAAGAGGGGACGUGGCUGGUGAACAUACCUUGCCUUUGAACAGUAAGGAAAAUGUUUCAAGUAGACCUGUUCCUUUGGAGGAUGAAUGCUACUUGACACCUAAUAGGGACAAAGCAGAAGAAGCAUCUGAUGGUGGAAUAUCAGAGAAAUGGAGGAAAAAACCUAUUGAUUUUGCAACUGUAACAAUUGCUGAAUUUGGGAUUACUCAAGAAAGUUUUACUAAAUGCUCUGUAGGAAAGUCUCCAACUUCAUUAAAAUUUCGACGAAGAUCAGCAAUUGGAGUACAGGGGUCACCGGAACAUAACACCCUUAUUCGAUACCUCGCCCAACAGAGAAGCAACAGGCAAAAAGAAGCUUUUACACAGCAGGCUAGUCCUUUUAAGCAGGAAAACGUCAGGUCGUUGAAGGACAAGAUAGAUGCCUUUCAGACAUCCUUUCAAUCCGUGCGAGAAGGUGAAGAGGAGACUGGCCUCUCUGGGCUGGCACACGUGGGUGGUGCUCCUCAGGAAGAAGGCUCUUAUUUCAGUUCCGAGCGCAUCAUGAAAGACACUGGAAAUAAUCUUGUCUCAGAUCUAAGCAGAAAGAAAGUUAGUUUUGCGGAAGAAGUGAGGCUGGAAAUAUUUGAUGAAAGCAAGCCACCAGUCACACCAGUACGGACAACGGGAAAUAGUUCCUUAAAUGAACAUACCCCGAGCGGCUCCUGUCUGCGAUCUGUAUUGAAGAAAACACCUGUGAAGCAGCUAAUGGAUAGAAUGAAGGAAUACUCGAAUGGGGCAGUUGACACAGAAGGAGGUGAAUCUCCCGCAGUCUCCAAUUGUGUAAAAAUCUUUGAGGCGUUGGAAAAAGUAGAGAAAGCUGAAGGACAUAGUUCUGAAAAGCCAAUGAAGAAGAGAGUUACUUUUGGAGAAGCUCUAAGCCCAGAAAUAUUUGAUGAAACUUUGCCUGCAAACACUCCAUUGCGCAAAGGAGCGACUCCCGGACGCCAGCCAGGAUUGCAAAGUCACAGCCCUUCAGCAGGGUCCAGUCUCAUUGAGGGACCAUUACCCCAGCCCAACUUUGAUUGCGAAGAUGAAUGCGUUCAGCCUCUUCAAGAGUUAGUGGAUGCUCCUGUUGCUGCAACAGACCUCUUACCUGCUGAAAAGGCAGAAGCAGAAACUGACAAAUGCGAUACGAUAACAACUCGUUCUUCUACUAAAAGGAAGUGUAGCACCAUUUCAGAGGGGACUGAUUUUAGCGUCCCAAAACCUGCAAAUACUAAGAAUGCUAAAGAUACUAAAAAUCCAAGAAAGAACAAGUUUCAAAGACAAAAGAAUAUAACCACAUCUACUGUCAAAAAGACACAAAAAAGAAAACAUACAGGCUAUGGGAAAAGAAGAAAGAAAAAAGUAAAAAAGUCUUUAUAUGGGGAAAGAGAGAUGGCUUCUAAGAAACCUCUUCUCAGUCCUAUCCCUGAAAUUCCAGAGGUUUUAUCUUCUGUCUCAUCUCCAAACUCACCAAAGGCAAAUGCAUUUUUUUCAGAGGACCUAUUAGAUAGUACCAAAUCCAGGAGUGCUGGCAAGGAUGUUCAGCAGAAGCCAGUGGUUGAUGGAAUGAGCACAAAAAACGUCUGUGCAGCUCAUGCAUGUCCAAGCUUGAAGGACCUGGAUGUGGUAGAAGCCAGCAGCUCUGAUGGUACAGCAUUUCAGGUGUCGGACUGUGAUCUGAACUCCAUUUCUGGCAUCGAUCAUAAGUUUUCAAGCGAUGUGCCAGAUGCAAAGUGUGGUUUUGAUACACCUGACUAUUUCCAACAAGGUAAAGAGACUGCAUGUGUGAAGGAGGCAAAGGAAAAUGGUUCCUUGAUAGAAAAUGAGAAAUUCCAAGGAAAUCUCCUAAAUGAGGCAGAGCAGGUAACCAGGCUAGAAUUUCUGGAACAAGAGGACUCUGGUGUACCUGAGGCUGCUCAAAGAACUCAGGGUACACUAAAAGAUUCUGUCAGAGGUAGUCCACGAAGAAGAAGAAGGAGAAGUAGUGCCAUCUAUUUUCCUCCUGUUGAAAAACUGGAAAUAACUGAAAACAGUCCUCCAGUUUCUUAUUUUAAUGUGGAAGAAGUCUUAUCAGCUCCUCAGCUAAACAAUGACUCUUUAGAGCCUUUUAGAGGAGGGAGAGAUAACAAUGGCAAAAAAGUGAGGCGCAGCAUGAGGUUAUGCAGAGAUGCAGGAAUUGAAGGACUUGCGUGGAUUCAAGUGCCCAAUGAGAUUGAAAAGAACCCUCCCCUGCCAGCCUCUGCUUCCAAAAUCAGGAGAACCAUAAGCACAUCCAUCCUUACAGAAGCUGAGAAUAUUCACCACAGAGAAGAAAAUCUCACCCAGUUUUCAGCACCGGGGAAGGAGAACACUGACUCUGUCAGGCUGGCUAAUAACAGUCCUUCCAAAAGACGGAGGAGGUCCAUGUUAACACCUCAAGAAACAAGAACUUGGUCUCAAACCCGGAAAAGGAGCAUAACAAACUCUGUCUGUAGGAAGGACAGAAGUAACCAAAAACACUUUGAAGAAGUAGAAACACCUCUUGAAAAUAACUCUAACAUUUAGCGAGGUUUCAGCUACUCCUGAUUUUCUAAAGUGAAGGUCAGUAUUAGAUUUAGAUGUUCUCUCCCUUAAAUGCUGCUUUCUUCUCCCUUCUACUUAUAUUUCCUUACUUGUUAUUUCCUUAUUCAUUUGCUGGAUAACUUAGAACUAAUUUUCCUUGUCUUGAUGCCUAAAAUGCUUGAAGGUCAGAAGUGCAUGGAAGACCAAGCUUGGCUCAGAGUGUUGGUUGGGUAGACAGUCAUGGCACAUAAUCCAGGAUAAAUUUUUCUUCCUUGAACUGAAUUUGACAUCACCUCUUUAUUGUAGUCUCCAUCCUUGCUUACAUGUUUGCAUACUUUAGUGCUGUCUAUAGAGCAGUAGCAAUUAAACGCCGCUAAUAUAAUAAAAAACUUGACAAAUGACUGACUUCCUCUGCAUAACCAGGCUCAAUCAUUGCAAGAAGACAAAGACUUUUUUUCUCAGCUGGAAGGAUUUCUCCUAGGGGGCUAGUGAAUUUUGUUGCAAGAUACAGCAGUGAGACAAUACAUGAGAUUUAAAUAACGCUUAUGCAUGCAUUUGGGAUUUUCUUGUGUUUAGAUAAAUGCUUGCAGUUGUGUGGGAUUUUUGCCCUUGAAACUUGGUCGUGAUUGUUAGAGUGGAUGUGUUUAGUAGACCAUCUUGCUGCACUUGCUCUGCUCUCCAGUGCACAAGCUAAAAUUGCUAAAUGGAGACAUGGCAGCAAACGUGUGACACUCAGCUGUAUUUUAAGUAAAGAGGAAUAAAUUUGAGAAUUCAAAAAUAUGGUCUGUAGUGACGUUACUUUUUAGAGGAUUGGGGGUUGAUACUAAUCCAUAUUUUGCUGAUAGGGCUCUUUUUUGAAAGAAUGGGAUUCAAGCUCAAGAUUUGGUUUUAUUUUUGAAGUUUAACUGAAGUAGAUAAAACAUGAAUUUGUCUUUAGUAGUUAAACUGUGAUGUUGAAAAGUGUGCCCUUUCAGCUAGAAUUGCAUUGAUGUUUCCCAUGUGCUUGAUCAUUCCUUAUAAAUUGCUUUUGAAAUCUGCGUGAAUUUUCUUCCAGAUUUCAAAAAAAUAUCAAAAACCCCCUUGAGAUUCUCAGCAAAUAAGAAAGAAAUAAUUUCUGGCUUGAAAGGGAGGAGCAGAAGGCGGGGAAGCUGUUACCAUCUUUUGCAAAGGCUUUGCUUUACCUUCUGGGCACGAGCAGGGGUUCAGUUCCUAUAAGUAAGACUAAAUUUUGUGUUAGAUAGAAUUAAUGAAUUCUGCUUCUCUAGUGUGAAGGUUGGGUUUGGUUUUUUUUUUUUUUUAAGUAAGCUUUUAAAUCUUGAUUGUAUAUAACAUUAAUUUUAAAAAAUUAAAUUGGCUAAGGGAGGUGAAACAUUCAUCAUACAAUAAAGCUGUACUUCAUUUCUGGACGCUUCUAGUCUUCAAUGUCUGUGUACUAAAUACAGUGCAUAUUAUUCAGUAGUUGACCUGUCAUCUUACUGUUUUCAUUUUUCUAGUUUGAACAAUGUAAUAAAAAGUGAUGACUGUAGGUGGUCUACUUAAACAUUUGCUGUUGCUUUCAUUUUUCAUACUGUUCUGUUUCAGCUCUAGUGAAAUACCUGCGCCAGCUUGGAGGAAAUAGCUUUCUGUUGAAAAUGAUCUCGUCUGUGACCUUGUUUUUAACAUUAUUGAUGUGGAAUAAAAUACUUUAUGUA